UCGUACCUAUCGCGAGAUUAUCAAAUUAGCCUGGUUAGUUUGCUAGAGGCCGAAGCUGCGCUCUGUGCAAGUGGCUUACGGUUUAUUUCCCUAACGGUAUCAAGAAGACUUCACUGAGGGGAUUUAUUAACCGUUUAAUUCUCCUGCUUGAGAGGAAACUCGGUGGACCUUGGGUUUCACGGUAAAUUGUGAAAGCGCACGUAGCAUGCUAAUUAGCUUGGGCUCAUCCUGUGGAGGAAGCGGGUUUGUUUUGAUCGCGUCGGUGAAUGUGAUUGCAUUUUUUAUAAAUAAGUGUUCCCAAUGAUGAGUUAUGCUGAAAAGCCAGAUGACAUAACAAAAGAGGAGUGGAUGGACAAAUUAAACAAUGUUCACAUUCAGAGGGCGGACAUGAAUCGGCUCAUCAUGAAUUACCUGGUGACAGAGGGCUUCAAAGAGGCAGCGGAAAAGUUUCGGAUGGAGUCUGGAAUUGAGCCCAGUGUGGAUUUGGACUCUUUGGAUGAAAGAAUUAAGAUCAGAGAGAUGAUCCUGAAGGGACAGAUACAGGAAGCCAUUGCACUCAUUAACAGCUUACACCCAGAGUUACUGGACACCAACCGAUACUUGUAUUUCCAUCUGCAGCAGCAGCAUUUGAUUGAGUUAAUCAGGCUAAGAGAGACUGAGUCAGCCCUGGAGUUUGCUCAGACACAGCUUGCAGAACAAGGGGAGGAGAGCCGAGAGUGUCUGACAGAGAUGGAGCGAACGCUCGCCCUUUUGGCCUUCGACAACCCGGAGGAGUCACCCUUCGGAGACCUGCUCAACAUGAUGCAGCGGCAAAAGGUUUGGAGUGAGGUGAACCAAGCUGUGCUGGACUAUGAAAACAGGGAGUCGACACCUAAACUGGCUAAACUCCUGAAGUUACUACUGUGGGCUCAAAAUGAGUUGGACCAGAAGAAGGUGAAAUAUCCUAAAAUGACAGACCUCAGCACGGGCACCAUCGAGGACCCCAAGUGAACGCUGAAAAGAGAAAUCACCAACACAUCUACUUGAUUUAUAACCAUUCAGUGACUGCCAGGUUUCAUAUGCGCGUAAACAUAUGUACAGUUUUAAUCUUUUCACGUCAUGUACAAGAGUCGGUUCACCGUGCAAACAAACGUUUCCGUUUAGAUACAGAUUCUGGGUUUUACAAAAAUGAAAUUGCUGAUAUAUAUUUUGAAUAUUCAAGCCUUUGCUGUUGUGUUGCAGUGACCACUUUCUGAAAAACCGUUUAUUUUGCAGUGAAAGAGGAUUGGAUGUAUGAAUGAAUAAUGCUGACGCCGUGUCUGUUGGGGGUUUCUUUCUUAUUAAGAAGACGAGUCAGAAUGAGCUGGUUGGUGGUUCCAAAAAUUAACAAAAUGUGAAUAUUUUUUCCAAAUAAACAGAAAAACUU